GACAUCCAAAAUGGGGAAAAUCACUUUCUUUGAAGAGAAGAACUUUCAGGGUCAUCAUCAUGAACAUGACAGUGAUUGCUCAGAUUUUCACACCUCCAUAGCCCGUUGUAACUCGAUCAAAAUUGAGGAUGGGGCCUGGGCAGUGUAUGAGAAACCAAAUUUCACAGGAUACUUGUAUGUUCUUACCAAGAGAGAAUAUCCUGACUACAAAAGCUGGAUGGGUUUCAAUGAUCGUAUAGCCUCAUGCCACAAAAUCCAACUAACAGACACAGGCAAUUACAAGAUCAGAAUCUGCAAUAAGGGCGAUUAUGAAACACAGACUAUAGAAUAUACAGACGACUGUCCAUCUGUCUUUGAACAAUUCCACAUUCGAGAUGUUGACUCCUGCAGUGUCUUGGAGGGUGCCUGGGUUUUCUAUGAACUUCCAAAUUAUCGUGGAAGGCAAUAUCUUCUUGAGAAGGGUGUGUAUCAGAAAGCUGCGGACUGGGGAGCAACCACCUCAACAGUGCAGUCCUUCCAUCGAAUCAUUGCGUAACUAAAGAAGCAGCAUACUGAUUUUUUUUUGCAAGUUUCAAUUUAUUGAUUUGACUGUAAAGAAUUUUUAAUUAGCAGUAAAAUAAUACAUUAGAUGUCAAUCUUAGAGGAAAAUUUGCUGAACAUAAAAAGUCAAGUUUUCAGUGUGGGUAUAACUGGGAAAUUCUGCUCAAAAUGUGCUUGGAAUUGCACUGGUUCAGUUACAACUCAAAUUUCCGUUAGAAAUUAUUUGUAUUAUCACAAAUGCAAAAUUUUCUGCAAACCAGCAUAAGAUUUUCUUUUCUAUUUGCUGGCAUUCCUUUAUAAAUUGAACCCAGUUUAGCCAAACGCACAAAAUAAGCUCACUAGCAUCAACUCAGUUCUAGCAUUGCCUCUGAUGAUCACAUUUCAAUGAAUAUACUAAAAAGUUCUCUUCUCUAUCAGAGUAAACAUAAUUAAAAAUGACUGGAAAUGGCUUUUAAAUGCCAGAUCAAAUUAUUUUUUAUUCAUGUGUACCUACUUACUUUCUUAGUAAAUGUUGUAUUGGAUUGGUAUGAAAAAAAAAUUUAAAUGCUAAGCAAUAUUGCUGUGCCUGAGAAAAUAAGUGCUAUGCGAAGAUCCUUCCUGACCCAAUGCAUCUGGCAGGAUCGCUCACUUUUAAUUUAGAAGGAGGCUUGAUUGAGGCAAGGUCCUAAUGCAGGCAAACUGAACUUUGAGACAGCAUGAACGAUAUAGAAAACCAGGGGUUAGUGCUUUGUGAUG